AUGUUUUGUCUCAAUAGCUAUCGAUUUGGCUUCAAAAGAUGCUACCAAAAAAUCGGUUACUACCAACCAAACCGUCUUAACAAAGAAUUGAUAUUAUCUGUACUGAAAUCUACAGCUACCAAGAGAGAAGCUCAAAAUUAUUUAAGAAAAUAUGCGGACAAAUCGUCUUCUAACCAUUGUUUGCUGAUGAUUCGCGAUCUGGUGGAUCAGAAACCUGCAAAACUGGAUCGCUUUGCCAUUAGCAUAAGGCAAUUGCAAGUGCUAGGAAUGAGACCUCUGUUCUUAUUAUAUCCAAAUGGAAAUGUGGAAAAACAAACCGAACUGCUUGAUACUUGCCUGAAAAAUAACUCUAUGCAAUCUUUGAUUCUGCCCGAGGCCCUGACACGCACUAGUGACGGAACCUAUAAGUCUACGGUGGAAUUUGAUAAGCUUGGCGACUUGAUUCCCAUUAUUAAACCUCGAGUUUUCGACGAGAAAUCCUGCACUUUUGAUACCGCUUUGGACUUCGUCAAUCUCACCGAUGAGUUUGCACAACAUGUGGAUUGCCAUAUCGAUAAAUUGGUUCUUUUGAGUAAUCUCGGUGGUAUUACUUCCGGUGAGCGUCACGAUAAUGCACAUGUAUUCAUAAACCUGUCACAAGAGUUCGAUUCUCUAUCUCACUCUUUGAAUCAAAACCUGGCAGCAUUGCGUUCACAGGCGCGUAAAGAGGCGGAAUUUUCUACCGACAUUUUGACUCCACUCCAAGUCAUUCAACAACGACAGCGCAGCAUAACACUUCAACAAACGCAUUUAGACAACCUUGAGAUCAUGAAUCGCGUACUUUCAAGACUACCUAUCUCAUCCACGGGCUUGAUCACCGAUCUAGAUGCAGCAUCAAACCAAGACAAGAACAAUCCGCUUCUCUACAAUGUCUUGACAGAUCGCUCGCUAAUUUCUUCGUCUCUACCGCGCUUCAAAAAAGAGCAGCUUCCUGAUUCCGCCUGGUACGAACUACCGACAAACGACGACGCGACUGAGGACCUGAAAGAUGCUGCAUUGGUGACAACCGUUGUCAAAAAAGGUGUGAAUAUUAAAGUAUUCGAUUACAGGACACUUGACGAAAACAACUCCAUAGGAAUGUUUGGACCACAAAGCACAAACGAAUUAGAUGCGUCCAUUCCCAGAGUCAAUCUUAUCAAACUAAAGCACAUCAUCGACUCCAGUUUUGGCCGCAAGCUAGACCUCGACCAUUACCUCAAGCGCAUCAACGGCAAAAUUGCUUCAAUAAUAGUCAUCGGGGAGUAUGAAGGCGUUGCAAUAAUAACAUAUGAAGGCCCCAAUAAUGAGAGUUUUCCUUACCUCGACAAAUUUGCCGUUUUGCCGCACCUAAAGGGCUCUUUGGGUAUCUCGGAUAUCAUUUUCAACCUUAUGUUCCAAAGGUUUCCGCAAGAGCUUGUUUGGAGAAGUCGAAAAGAUAACGUCGUUAAUAAAUGGUAUUUCCAGCGCAGCAUAGGCGUACUCGAUCUUGCAAUAGACUUAGGAGACGGUAACGCGAAACCCAGUAUUUUCAAGCUGUUUUUUAAUGGCAACAAUCGUGAUGCUCAUUUCGAUAACCCACAGCGCUUACAGAUUUAUUCCACGUACACCAGGGACAUCGAACCUAGUUGGGAGACCUGA